UAACACCCGAGGAGUAAACAAUGGCAUUCUGUGCACAACAACUUGAGAGGAGUGGAAUUUUAGAACCCUGCUUUGGGAGAGUACUGAAGGAGGAGAGAAAAUGAUGAGAAAGCUGAUCAAGUUCUGUUUCGAAGGGGUUGACAUAGUCAUGGAACCUGAACUGCCAACAAAGGAGAAGAAAAUUUCCACCCCUGAGAAAACAGAGCAGCCGUGGCACAAAACUAAGGAAGCAACGGUGAUUCCUGCAAAGAGGAAGAAUGUGAAGAAUGGUGUGUGCAAUUGUGUUAUUCAUUGCAUCUGUGGCAUGUGCUUGAAGCCCAAGACUGUUUCUCCAUCAACACCAUCUGCUCCAAAGUUAAACAGAACCAACUCUGUUUCCUCUCUCCGUAUGCCUAUCUGUGCUGCUGGCAAUUAUGGAAACCAAACAAAAGGUACUCUUUCCAAGUGGCAAGCCAAAUAAUCAAACACUACCAGUCCCUUGGGAUGAAAUGUUAAGAGUGCGCUUUGCAGAUAUGAAGAUGGGGAAUCGAGAUUUUAUAUUCUUGAUGCUUGAUUAAGAAAGAGUAGUGGUUUGAUGCUUGAUUAAGAAAGAGUAGUGGUUUGAUGCUUGAAUAAGGAAAUGGAUGAAAAGAUA